AUGGCAGAGCAGAGCCAUGGUGGAUUGAAUGACGCUUUGUCUUGGCUGGCUCUCACUGAGGGGCUUGUGCAACUUGAUGCUCCCAGGUCAUUUGCCGACAACAUGGGCAACCUCAUCAAUGGCGUGGCGCCGACGAGGCCCCUGCCGACACCUUUCCCUGUCUCGCCCAACGACUUUGCUGCUGCCAUGGCCGAGAUGGAUCAGGUCCGUCGCGAAGACCCGUGGCUGGUGCAGGCCCUUCGCUCUGACCACGCAGGGGAGCUGGCCGCCGUGUACAUUUACCGCGGCGCUCGCGACGCGGCUCGCCUCCGGCCCUUACCCGAGGGCGUGCACCACUUUGUCAACCAACACCUGGAGACGGAGCGGGGCCAUCUGCACUACUUUGAGACGUUGCUCGAGCGCCGCGAGCGGUCUUGGCUCUCGCCAGUCUGGCUCGUGGCAGGCUAUGCGCUCGGCUUCUUGCCCACCCUGGCCGGCCCUCAUGCCUUGUAUACCACCAUCCACGCUGUGGAGACCUAUGUUGAGGAACACUACAACCAUCACAUCACCCCAUUGCUCGCGCGAGGCCCCAAGAAUGCUUAUCCCAAGCUCACAGCAGCACUGCAGGAGUUCUGCUCGGACGAGGUCGAGCACGCCGUGGAUGCCGGAGACCGCUACGGCUUUCGCCAACUCGAAGAUGACUUGCAGGGCAUUACCUUGGCUCGUGCUUGGUCCUUCAUCGUGCGCCACGGUUCGGCUACUGCCGUCGCCAUUGCGAAGCAAAUAUGA